AGGUCCGGCUGUGCCAUGCGGACUUGAAGCAACCCCCCCCCCCCCAAACCACCACCAUCCACCACCCCUUACUCAGUAGAAUGGGUUUGAUGCUCUGACACACACACACACACACAGGCACCACGCUGACCAGCAGACGAACCGGUGCUCCCUGGUUUCCUUAGGACCGACGGAUCUGAGUGACAGAUGGAAGACAGGUGGGGGGAAAAGAGGCAAGAGGAGGAUGGAGACUAGGAGGCUGAACAUGAAAAGAGAGAAGGCUGUGUGACAACCGAGGGAUCGGUAGGAGGAAAGGAAACCACAGCUCGAGCAGAUCUGGCCAGGUGAGACGAAGGUAGGAUGAUGCGAGGGGAGCAUGGUGAAUACCAACGUCAGUACCACACACUGGGCAACGCGGCCCGCCGCUACUCCAAUCCAGAUGUUGAGGCAAUGGCCAAGUUGCAUGCUGGGGAUGCUGAGAGACAGCGGGGCAAAUACCCACCGCAGCAUGCUGCUACGCUUGUCAGUGCCAACUGUUCACGCCAGCAGCAACCACAUUACUGGAGCUUUAAGGCGAGGACUCCUCGUGCUAGCAGUGGAGGUCAUCACUCUCUUGCCGAUCAGGGUGGAGGACGGUCGUUCUACGCCUCGGCAGAGAAUCUAGAGACCAUGGGCGACGCUGAUCUCGCUCUCGGCUUCAGUCGCUCCAACCGCCUCAGACAGAGCCUGCCGCUUGCCCGCUCUCCCAGCCAGAACAAGUUCCGCCCACCAGGCGUUCUGUUCCUGCAGUUUGGUGAUGAGACGCGGCGUGUUCACCUCAGUCACGAGCUGAGCAGCAUGGAGACUCUGCAUGCGCUGAUCGUGCACGUCUUCCCUCAGCAGCUGAACAUGAGUGCGCUCCGCUCGCCCUCCACUGCCAUCCUCAUCAAAGACGAGGCACGCAACGUCUUCUACGAGCUGGAUGAUCCGCGCCGGAUCCAUGACCGAUGCGUCCUAAAGAUCUACUGCCGAGAUGCCGCGUUCAACACUCACCACCACGCGCACCACGGCCAUGUCACCAACGGAGACCUGCGGAGGGAGCUAGCGUACACCUCGCGUGAAUCUUCUCCCACUCGCCGCUUGAACACCCACCCUUCAUCCUCCUCUCCAUCGGCCUCCCCGUCCCGCCCACACUCCCGCCUUUCUUAUGCAUCAGUCCGGCCUUCCUCGUACGCUGGUCCACCACCGUCCCCUCAGCCCCACCCUUACCAGCACCAAAACCCCAACCACCCUGCCUUCUGCCCCUCCCCCAGCGCCAUCCUGGAGCGGCGUGACGUCAGACCGGACGAGGAGGCACCAGGAUCACCAUCAAAGAGCGUAGUGCUCCUGAAGAACGAGGCGGCAUAUGCAGAUCCAUAUGCACUAGUCCAUGGUGUGGCUUCACCCCAGUCACUUGCUUUCCGGCGUGGCUCGCUGCGGUCCCUGAGCCCGUAUUCAGCUGCUGCUCUUCAUUGCGAGCUUGACGCUGCCCUCUACAGGCCUGGAGGACCGCUCUAUGCAGAGCCUUACGGCCCAAUGGGCUUCCGAACUUUGCCACCUGCAUCACCGCAGAAGCUGGAGCCGUACAGGGGUCACUCGGGUCGGGGAUCACCGGGAAGGCAAGGCUUUCGAAAAGAUGGGACGGUGUAUGUAGAAGGUCAUAAAGCACGAGUCGGGGGCCCUUUGCUAGACCAGAUGUGUGUGAUGGGUGGAGCAGGUGGUGAGGGAGUGGCACUGGCAGGAUACGAAACUGACACAAGGGAGCGAAUGGAAGCUAUGGAGAAGCAGAUAGCCAGUUUGACUGGUCUGGUCCAGAGUGUUCUCACCCGUGCCCCAGACAGCCCUGACAAGGCAGAAACAGCAAGCGACUGCUCAGCACCUGAGACUGGCAGGUCUAGAAAAGGAAAAGCCACGACUCCCUCAGCUCCUCUGGCCCUGAUGCCACCGCCGCCCUCUGGCACGUCUCAGCCAAUUACAAUGUCUCGCUCCCAAAUGCAGCUGCAUCUUAGUGACUUGCAACGAAGUACAAACGAGCUACGCAAACAGCUGUCACAAUUACGCAAAAUACAGAUGCAGAAUCAGGACUCUGUGCACACUUUGCUGAGGCAAGCGGAGGCCGAUUUAGGUCUCUGCCUGAUCGAAGCAUCUCGGAUGCAGGAAGAUCCUCUACAACGCCAGCGCCUCCUCGUGGAGGAAGAGAGGCUGCGCUAUCUCAAUGAAGAGGAACUGAUUAUACAGCAGCUACAUGACCUGGAGCGUUCAGUGGAGGAAAUGAAGACAGGGGCAGGGUUAAACCAUCGCUUGGUGACAGAACAGGAAGUGGAACAGAAAAGUCAAGAGCUCCAGAAGCUAGGAGAGACACUGACCAAACUUAAGAAUCAAUUCCCAACGCUGCAAAGUAAAAUGCGCGUGGUGCUGCGAGUGGAGGUCGAGGCAGUGAAGUUUCUAAAAGAGGAACCUCUGAGGCUUGAUGCUUUACUGAAACGCUGCAGAAAUGUCACAGAUACACUUGCGUUGCUCAGGAGGCAGGUAUCAGAAGGCCUAUGGAAGACUCCGGAAGACUUUAGCAGCUCCAGCGAUGUAGAUUUUACAAAGAGCUGUGAUCUGGACAUCCUAACCAGCCCUUCUCUGACCAGUCUUCCUGACUUCACAGGCACUUUAACAAGCACUACCGGUCUGUCAGUCUCCUUGAUGACCAACUCUGCCAACAUAGGCUCUGGUGCCAGCCUGUCUAGUGCUCUUGGCACCAGUCUGGGCUCGAGUCUGAGUGGCGCUGCUAGUUUAGCAGGUACUACCACUCUUGGGAACUGGCUGGCAAGCAGCGGAGUUGUGGACAGCAGCAUGCCCGAGCAGGAUGGCACCUCAGCAGGAACACUGAAGGGCCGUAGCAUUGAGGAUCUGCCUUCACGGAGAGAAACGGACAAAGGGGUGUCCGUGGAAGUCCGUCUGGCAGCAGAGCGCGAUUGGGAAGAAAAGCGGGCAAGUUUAACCCAGUUUAGUGCCCAGGACAUAAAUCGUCUCCUGGAGGAGACACAAGCAGAACUGAUGAAGGCCAUUCCUGAUCUAGAUUUUGCUGCCAAGCAGAUCACCAAACCUGCUGUGCCCCCAAAACCACAGCUCUCCUCUUUACCCAAACCUGGCUCGCCAUCCUCCACACCCAGCUGUACACCAGAACAUCAACCAGGAAAGCCGCCACCUAAACCAGCUAGCAAGGAUGGCAUUCAAAGAAGAGAAUCAGGGGAGUUGACCGUUCCACGGUAUAGAACAGAGAAGCCGUCCAAGUCUCCACCACCUCCACCGCCACGUCGCAGCUUCCCAUCGGGGCACAGGCUCACAACCAACAGCAGUGGAGAGGUCGUCAUUGUCAAUAAGAGUGUUAACAAACCUGAAAAGAAUGAAAACUGUGAGGAGUCAGACGCACUAGUCCAGUCUCAGACUCCGCCUGUUAAACUCAGACGACCUUCGACCUCUGAUGGACCCCGGCCCUCCUCCACGCCGCCGGUUAUUGCUGCUUCUGGGAUGAAGGAGGAUGAAGAUGAAGAUGAGAAGAUCAUGGCAGAGCUUGAGAUCUUCCAGCCAGCACUGGUAAAGCCCGUCACCCCCAGGUCCAUCAACCUCCCACAGUCCACCAGUCCCGAGAGCAGCGCCCCCAGUUUGGGUCAGUGGACAUGCAGCAGUUUGUGGUUAGAGAAUGCAGGAACUCCUCCAGGGUCGGCUAAGACACCGUCGUCGUCAUCAUCGUCUCGUCUGAAGCAGCUGCAGCAGAGCAGUCUGGAGCGGAAAAACAGGAAGCAGCGCGAGCAGCAGGGCCAGCAGCAGGUAUUUCACUUCUAAACAGCUACUGGCGCUAAUGCUUCCGACCAAACCUGACGCCCGAGCUAGGACUGAGCGCUUACCUGCUACGCUAGCACCGUAUCCUGAUGAAACUUGCUAGCUGAGCGCUAGUCUGUUUUUUUGCUAGCACUUAAGGACAUUUCAAGUCGACACACAAGUCGCUAAGCACAAUUAGGAUCAUCUGUCAAGUCUGAAGCUAGACAUUUUUUUUGACCAUGGGCAUGAUGUCUACCUCUCUGCAGGGGGUUCAACCGUUCAGCAGACCCCAUUUAAGCAUUUUGUUUGUUUGUUUUUUCAAAUAUCUAUUGCUUUUUUUUGCUUCCUCCAUCUUCAUAUUAAAAAGCAGAGCUCCAAAGUCAUGCCUCAAGCUCACACCAACUUCCUGUAAUAUGUUACAACAGAGCAAGUCCUCAUAAAAAAAAAAAAAAAAGCCUCCGGGUCACAUUGUUCUCUUUCUCAUUCUUGUGUAUGGCUGCAGUCACCUGAGCUACUGGAUGGACUUUACCAUUUGUUAACAAAGAGUUAAUUAAUCUGUUUACAAACUGCACCACAGGACUUCCUGCUUUAUGUGUCUAAAGAGUUUUUGCCCUUGUGCCAUCUUCCCUAUGGACUUUAGACACCUAUUUCUAGUAUGCUGUGAGCUCUAAAAAACCUUUUCCCUUACCUCAAGAGAAAUACAGUGUUUAAUCCCUUUGUUUAGAUGACCAACAAUCUAUCUAAAUGGAUACUUCGAAGGUUUCUAUGAUUCAGUCGUAGCAUUUUAACUCAAGCAGCAGUCAGAGCCAAGCUGGAUAUAACAUACUGAAUGUAUUUUUUCUAUAUAUUUUCUCACAGGUUUUGGCUAGCCCGUAGUCGCAUAACACUAAUCAGUGGUUUUAAACUUUGGCAAACCAGGAAACGCAGGAAAUCUAUAGUAUCCGUCUUGACUGGAUCAGACAAACAAACCUAAAACGGACUAAAUCACUAUUGCUUCUGCAUAAACAAAAAUCAUGUUGAAAAAUAGAAGCAGAAGAUGAAAGCAGGAGGUGAAGCAAAAAAGAAAAAACACUCCAGAGAUGAAGGAGAGAAAAGGGAAGCACUCCAAAGACUCUCGAGUGACUCUUAUCUGCAAGGGCAGCUUUGCAAAGUCACAGCACACCAGCUAUUGCCAAAGAACGAAAAUGAUCAAAAAAAGAGAGGGGGAGAGAGAAAGAGAGAGAGAGAGAGAGAGAGAGAGAGAGAGAGAGAGAGAGAGAGAGGGAAAGGACAUGAACACUGAAGGAAACAGACUGAGCGCAUUAGAGACCAUUAGCUCUCCCUGAAAAUGUUAGCUAGCUAGCUGACAUACAGCAGUCCGCUGAGGCUGGUUAAUCCACCGUAACUGAUCCAAGGAGGAAAUAGCGACAGUGGAAGAUGAGAGAGAAGGAAUCUGGAGACUUAUGGUGGGAACACAUUCUCCACUAGGUGAUGUGGAAUUAGGUGUAGGAAAGUAAAGACAAACUACUGAGUGUGUGAUCAGUGUGUGAUGCUCCUGGGAUGAACACAAGACAAUCUUUAUGAUCUAGAGUAGAAAAAGGAGUGAGAACUUUAGGGUGUCCAUGUUAGACCAUCUACAAAUGCACAAGGUCAAUGGAAAUGAAGUGGGUGGGGCUGAGGUUGAUUUAAUCCUGGGUCUUGUGAGUCACUAGAAAUGAAGUGGGCGGGGCUGAGUUUGGUUUGAGAUUUGAUCAUGUAAGCCAAUAGAAAUGAAGUGGGUGGGGCUGAGGUUUGUUUGAGCUUUGAUCAUGUGAACUACUAGAAAUGAAGUGGACAGGGCUGAGGUCUGUUAAGCCUUGAUCAUGUGAGCCAAUAGAAAUGAAGUGGGCCGGGCUGUGCUCGGUUUAAGCCUUGAUUAUGUGAGCUAAUAGAAAUGAAGUGGGCCGGGCUGUGCUCGGUUUAAGCCUUGAUUAUGUGAGCUAAUAGAAAUGAAGUGGGCAGGGCUGUGCUCGGUUUAAGCCUUGAUUAUGUGAGCUAAUAGAAAUGAAGUGGGCAGGGCUGUGCUCGGUUUAAGCCUUGAUUAUGUGAGCUAAUAGAAAUGAAGUGGGCAGGGCUGAGGUCUGUUUGAGCCUUGAUCAUGUGAGCUAAUAGAAAUUAAGUGGGCAGGGCUGAAGUCUGUUUGAGCUUUGAUCAUUUAAACCACUAGAAAUUGUGUGGGCGGGGCUGAGGUUGUUUAAGCCUUGGUCAUGUGAGCCAAAAGAAAUGAAGUGGGUGGGGCUGAGGUCUCUCUGGAUAAGUAGCUUCACAUGAGACCUUUUGGCACAUUGUUUUCUUACUGUUUCAAAAAUAUCACAGCUCAGACUAUAGUUUUCUCUCUGCCUGCUAGUAUUGUUUGUGUCUCUGAAUACUUCAUCGAUGCAUCACUGAAAUUGAUAAGCUUGUUAACCCAACCCCCUACUCACAUACAGUAACCACUUUUUUUUUAACCGGAAAAGUAACAAAGCGACCCUUGAGAUGGAGCCAGGGAUACCAGGAGAUUUACUGUUAAAAUCAGAGUUAGAUUCUGGAUUUAGCCAGUUUCAUUCAGCCGGUUCUGAAGAACGGAAAAGCUCACUGAACCAUUCAAUCUGGUCACCAUGCACUAUGAUGUGAGCAUCGCGGCCGAAACCACAGCAUGACGCAGAUGCCAACCUUCUGUCAGCAACAUGGUUGGAGCCAGGCAGCUUCUGCUUUGUACCCAGCCAGAGGUCAGGCUAAUUUGGCAUGCUAGCAUGCCCUGUGUGCUGCUUCUUCACAGAAAACAGCCUUUAUAUGGGUCUGAAGCUUAGCGGCAAUCCUGGUAAUAAAUCUAAUUAGUCCUCUGUCUGUCAGCCAUUUUGGCUAAAGUAAGCAGAAACAUCAUUUGUAAGCCACCCUGGCUGUGGAAGAGAUGUAUUAUUCAUUAAAAGUCAAGUGGAUUGCUCCUAAAUACCACAAAGUCCUGGAUUAGCAUCUGAAGGUGCCACGAGGCAAUGUUUAGCUUUUGUGAACAAUUUAUACAGUGUGUGUUUUGCUUAGCAGAGCUCUGCUCUUUUUGAUGAACUAAAAGUUUUCGUGGAGAAAUAUAUAAUCAUUAAAUAAUGAUCAAAAAAUAAAACAUUUUCACAUGUCCAGAGUUGAGAGGAAGUAUCCUUAAUAUCAGACGUGUACCUCAAAGCAGACGUGGAAAAGAAAUCCACUGGAGAAUGUUUUCGUAGCUCAAGCCAACAUUGUUUGUUUUGGUGCUGAGGGAGACAGGCUAAGAUUACAAGGCUAGCUUGAGGUAGAGCAUGUAGCGUAUAAAUCCAAGCUUAAAUCCUUUUUAAACAAAAGUGGCUUGUUGAAAUCGUUUCAUUUUCUGUGAGCGGUAUUGUUUCUGAGGCAAAAGAAUCAAGCAACAUGAGUGUCUUAUUAUGUCAGCGUGAAUAUACGGCUGCUACAAAUGUAGGCUUACGUAGAUAACAUGUAUUAGAAGUGAAAUCUUUCCAUCUGCUUAAAUCUUCAUGGGCUUCAUGGAUACAAUCCAAGCAGUGAUCUCUGGGGUCCAAGCACUUUUUUUUUUUGCAAGUUCAUGCUAAUUUACAUAGAAUAAUAAUAAAACUGUAAAAAAAACUGUAGAUGCUUCUUCAUAGCAGUUCAGUGCUAACUGGGUGAAUUACCUACUGAAAGCUAACAGGCUGAUUAGAGCUAAAAGCUAAUAGUCAGCUAUUUUACUGCUUUUCCAUGUAACUCCAAGGACCGGUGUAGUGGGCAGGGCCAAACUUUCAUUUCCUACUCUUGUAGCCUAAUAUGUUUCUGACUAGUUUCAGUGUAAACAAAUUCAAACUUCUAAAAAAAUUCCUGAAUAACAAUGCUGCCACAUUAGCCUUAAAGCUUUAACACAAAGUAUUAAAAACCGUAACACUGUAUUUGAGGUAAAGGGAAAAAUUGCGUAAAAUUGAUUUCUUAUUAAAGUAUUCCAAAGAAUUUGAUUUAAUCUGCUCUUUUUGGGGGUCACAGUAUAAUUCUACACUUUUGAUGAACAGUAAAAAUAAAAAGUCCAGACUUUUCACCAGUGUAUAGCUGUACAGCAGGAAGUCCUCCAACAUUGACUGUUUUUUAAAGGUUUUUUCCCCCCACAAUUUUAGCCAUCACAAUUAACGGUUUUGUCUCUUCUCUUCUUUCCACCCUCGAUCACCUCUCCUGACUUGCUUGUUUUUCAUGCUUGCACUUCUCUCCUUUGGUUAAUUCACAUUCCGUCAUUGCUUAAAAAAACAAUAAUUUGGCAUGCACCAGACAUAAUGCUGCACAUGCUGCGCUUCAUGCCCCAAAGAAAUAAAACAAAUUCAGAUUAAGUCCUACUCUUUUUUCAAAUCAAGUUUAAACUUAACUUUUUCAAACCUAUCCUACUAGGUCUAAUAUACAGAUUUGUGCUUUUUUUUUUUUUUUUUUUUUUUUUUUAAUCCUGAGGCAUAACCCUUUUUGCAAGUCAAUUCCCCAAUGUCCCUUUCUGGCCAAUCACAGCCUCUUUCUCUCCUUACUGGCAUGUUGCCAUUAAUUUCAGCCAAUCACUGUCCUUCGCUCUGUCCUCCCCUGAGAUCUGAUCCUAUCCAAGGUGAUAAGACCGUGAAGGUGAACCGCGAGGACGACGCAUGCACGGGACCCUGAGUAGGAUACUGAACGGCAGGCUUGCACUUGUUAUAUCUAAUACAUUAGGGUAAGUUAGAGUAAUUAAAUGUAAUAAUAAUGUAUCACUGUAUGUACAGGUAAAUAACAUCAACAUCAACACCACUGGGUAUUUAAUCUGUAGCCCAUACACAGGUGUGAAGUGAGCAAAUGUCAUGGGAUUUAUCAAAAGCGAAAAGGUUUAGUGACAAACGAAAUGUAUUUUUGUUUAUUCAGUUUCUUUAGUUUUGCUCUGGAGCUGCAAGUCUAUAGAUAACUUAAUAUAACUAAUAAAAAAGAACUCACUGGCACUGAAUAACAUUUCCAUAAAACAAUAUCAGACUUUUCCUGUACUCGAUUCAACGUUAUUAAGCUACGUUAUGACAUCACUAAGCUACUAGGUUUAAUAAGGAAUAAAACAUGAUAUAUAGAAAGAAUAAUAAUAAUAAUAAUAAUAAUAAUCAGCAAAUUCAUCACCUAGAAGUUGAUGGUUUUUCAGUAAAGGAAUUUACGCCACAGCAAUUUGUCACAAUUUGAUGUCAUUUUUAAACGAUCAGUGUACUUUUUAUCCAUUUCUAGUUACUUGGACGUAACUGUGGAACAUCAGAACACGUCAGUUAUCCUAUAGAAGCUAUAAACUCUCAAGUUAACAACAACUAGAGCAAAAAAGGCAGUUGAUCAUGUUGCAGAAAAACCGCAAAGCACAACAUGCUCUGCCCUGAAGAUUUCCCUGAAGCUCACAAAAAUAAAAGGUUACAUUUGUUAAAUGUUUGCCAAACAAGUCUCUCUGAACAAGCUGUUACUAUAAAAAUGACGAUGUAUUAGAACUAACUCCUUCAUCAGACAAUGUUGAGAUAAAAAAGAUUCGAUUUUGCGACUUCAAAAUUUGCAAAAUUUAACUUGUUUGGUGUGGAAAUCUACUUGAGGUUGUGAAACUGCAAGCACACGAUUCUUCGUCUAAACCCCUUCCUGUGUAAUCACACACACAGCAUGUAAUGACUUUCGAUGAUAAACCUGUGACAUGUCUUUCAGAAAACGUGUGGAAAAUUUCGAAAAAGUGCUUGAAAAAUUCGGGAAUCAUGACGAAUACAAAUAUUAUAAAAAUUGACUUGAAAAUGCUGCUGUAGAAAAUGAAUCAACAACAUUUUGACCAAUCCACAGUAUAAUAAAAUACACAAAAAAAAUACAAUCUGGUGCUGUAAAAUCUUUCAGGUUUCCAGUAUAAAUCCCAAAUUAUAUUUUGGAGACGGGGCCCAGCUGUUGUGCUGUAAACCAUCAAUAACCUAAUACUCAACCACCAGGUAGCUAUUUUAUUCAUAUUUAUUAAUUAGACUUUUAUUAAUUGUUUAAUCUUGCAGCUUCAGUGCAUAACUAAAUAAAAAAAAAGUAAUGUCUUGGUUGAACAACUAAAUUUGGAGGGUCAAAAUCAAGUCAAAAAAAUUGAAUUUUCCACCACACCAUAGACACCUCGAAAGAAACAGAAACCUAACAAACAACAUAGCACUUACGGAGAGACCUCACGAUCCAUGAAAUGCAUAUACGGAAUUAGCAACUAACUGUGAUAACUGUGACUAAUUUAGAUGUAUUUAUUACCAAAAUUGUGUUUAGGAAAUAUGCCUACUAUAUAGUGUUUGUAUGAUUAGAAUCUUUUGUAUUUUUGUAUUUCAGAAGGAAACGAGUGCACAGAAAAUAAAACAAAAAAAGGAAACCUGUCGAGCGAGGUGCGCUUAUUUUCAGAAAGAGUGUUAGUGAAAGAAUACCUGAUAUAUUCCAUUAGAGUUGGUUUUAAUAUAGAAAUAUAUACAGAGACAGAGUUUAUUCUAACAAUUUUAAUGACGAUCGAAUGCACAAGAAUCUGAAUAGUAAAGUGAGAAAACCCGAUUUUUUUCCCUCAAAAAACAUGUCAUUUCACUUAUCUUUUUAAAAUCACAGAGCAUUUUUUUUUUUUAAACAUACAACGUUGGAUAUUAAUUGGAACCGUUUUGAAAACUUUUUUUUAAUUAAAAAGCACACCAGAUUUUGCCGUUUUAUCAGUAAACCAGAUAAAGACAAUCAGAGCUGCAUUAGACGCGAAUGUACACGUAUUUUAUACGCUCUAAGACGCAUUCCGAAAGCUCCACCCCCUUUUUUUUAUUGGAUGUUUACCCUUUACUAAUGCAGUCUAGUAAAUUUUUUUGUCCUAUUAUUGUUGCUCAACUUCAUAGUAUUCGUUUUUGUGUUGCUAUAUUUAAGGACAGUAUUAUUAUUAUUAUUAUUUUUAUCCCGUUAGUGUUGCUGUAAUUAUGGGCUGUCUUAUUAGUGUUGCUCUAUUUCAAGACAGUAUUGUUUUUAUCCCAUUGGUUAAGUUCAAUGUAGUUUUGCUGGCACCCCAGUACUUUUCUCUACUUAGCUCAUCCCAAUACUUUUGACUUCCUGUUACAUUUGUCCUGUUAGAGUUACAGUAGACAAAGCGCUGUGGUGAUUUUCUUUUAUUAGUGACGUCACCCUGAGCUUUUGUCCCAUCUGCGUCGUAGUUAAGACUCUCAACAGUUACUUUAAGUGUAGUUUGUUUUUCUGCCAUGUUACUCUUAUCCUGUUAGUGUUGCCUCCAUGUUAAUUUCUGUCCUGUUAGUGUUGCCUCCAUGUUAAUUUCUGUCCUGUUAGUGUUGCCUCCAUGUUAAUUUCUGUCCUGUUAGUGUUGCCUCCAUGUUACUUUUUGUCCUGUUAGUGUUGCCUCCAUGUUAAUUUCUGUCCUGUUAGUGUUGCCUCCAUGUUAAUUUCUGUCCUGUUAGUGUUGCCUCCAUGUUACUUUUUGUCCUGUUAGUGUUGCCUCCAUGUUAAUUUCUGUCCUGUUAGUGUUGCCUCCAUGUUACUUUUUGUCCUGUUAGUGUUGCCUCCAUGUUACUUUUUGUCCUGUUAGUGUUGCCUCCAUGUUACUUUUUGUCCUGUUAGUGUUGCCUCCAUGUUAAUUUCUGUCCUGUUAGUGUUGCCUCCAUGUUAAUUUCUGUCCUGUUAGUGUUGCCUCCAUGUUAAUUUCUGUCCUGUUAGUGUUGCCUCCAUGUUACUUUUUGUCCUGUUAGUGUUGCCUCCAUGUUACUUUUUGUCCUGUUAGUGUUGCCUCCAUGUUAAUUUCUGUCCUGUUAGUGUUGCCUCCAUGUUAAUUUCUGUCCUGUUAGUGUUGCCUCCAUGUUACUUUUUGUCCUGUUAGUGUUGCCUCCAUGUUACUUUUUGUCCUGUUAGUGUUGCCUCCAUGUAACUUUUUGUCCUGUUAGUGUUGCCUCCAUGUUUUUGUCCACUUUUUGUCUCUUUAGCAUUGCUGUACUCGUCUAUAUUGUUUACUCUCGACUUGGGUUCACAGCCCUGUUACUUUUUGACCUUUUAAUGUUGCCGUAGUUAAGGACUGUAUUGUUUUUGUCCCAUUAGAGUUGCCGUAGUUAAGAGCUGGACUGGUUUUGUCUCUUUAGUUUUGCUUCAUUGUUAGUUUUUGUCCUGUUAGUUAGGCUGUAAUUUUUGUUCUUUUGCUACAAACUGAGAAAAAUUACAUAUUACAUUGAGAAGCAUUACAUAAUUACAAGUUUUGCGUCUUAGAGUUUGUAAAAUACCACAAAUGAAACUUACUAUAUGAUAUUAUUACUGCAGUGGACCUUUAGUCGUUGCUGCUAGUCCUCCCGAAGAGGAUUUUUCAAGAUUCAGCCCUGAAAAUACAGCCGCUAGCAUAAAACAAGAGAUUCUUUCUUUUCUAUGCGUUGCACUUUUAAUUCUUGGGUGACACAGAAGCACAGAUCUCUUGGUUUUCAAUCGGCUUGUCUGCAAAAUAAACUGCAAAAGCACACGUAGGAAUGUCUCCGAAUGAAAGCGUGAAAGGAAAAGUGUCGAAAAAAACCUGAACUGUACAUAGACUGUGUUAUUAUAGUGUACUAAUUUAGUGACUUUGUAUGUAAGAAUUUUUUUUUUAUUUUAAUGUUAAUAACAAGAUGUUAGUGAGAAAACAAUCAUGCAAAAUUCGUAAGAUUCCAAAAAGAGCGAGAGCAAUUCGGAUGAAUAUUUUACACCCACCGGCUAACGACUCCUUCCAGCUUUCAUACGAAAAGCUCGAGUGAAUUCUUGCGAAUUUUGCCUCUGUGAGACCACGUUGGCGAAACUGCAUGUACCUGAAGUCUGCAUGCAGAAGCAACUCUGUACGCUGUUUUUUGAGUGUAAAAUAGAAAUGAAUUCUGUAUAAAAAAACCAAAACAAAACAAUACAAAACAUAUUUUUUGGUUAUAAGAUAGUAUCAUAUCAUGUACGUGUCAGUGAGCUGAUCUCGCUCGCUCGCUUUACUGUCGUCUGUAAACCUCGUAACUAAAACUAUUGUUCAAAACUGUGAUUAGAACAAUAAACAACUGAAUGCACAUUUCCAACCAAUACGAAUAACAGCUGUAUGGAGAAAUUAUAAUGCUGCUCUUGUGGGGUGGGGGAAAAAAAAUAAUGAACCUUAUGUACCAGAGACUGUUGGUUUUGUAUAUUACUGUUGUGUUUUUGUGAGUAUUAA